AAUUUCUCUACAAGAUGACUAUCCAACUGGUGGCCUGUUAUCUGGUAUUAUAUUUUCGGCUUCUACUUUAAAUCGUUAUUGUAGUAAACUAAACAUUCCACUGAAAAUCGAAUGUGCUAACGAAUCUGAAAAUUCUCUCUGCUUUCUUCAUAUAAUAUCUGCCUUAUCAAAAUUCUAUUCACCACAUAAAUCAUUAGAUCAACCAUUAGAUCAACUAUUAUAUCAACCGUUAUAUCAUAUAACACCUAUCACAUCAGCUGUUAGAUCAGCGAUUAGAACAACCAUUAGAUCAACUAUUAGAUCAACCGUUAGAUCUUAA